UAAUAAAAUAUUAUAGGAGUACAAUAUUUAAUGCAAGAUGAAGAAGUAUAAAAUCAAAUAUUAAAUACUUUUGCAUGCUAAAAGUCUAGUGAUAUGACAUUAUGUUGAAGAACAAUUGAUUGUCAGUUGCAGAACUCUCCAAUCUUUGUUGAGAUCGUGCAGCUCCAUCCGUGCUCAACAGAUCAAUAAUGGUCCAACACAGCAUCCUCCAACACAGUGGUGGAAACUGGGUGGAGAGUGAGGGAUGAAAGGGGUGGCAGAGAGAAGCCCUUGUAACAAAACCAGGAGGAAGCCAGUGAAGAAACGGUGUUUCACAAGGAAACAGUCGAGAUCCAAUGUUCAUAAAAGGUGCUUCAAUUGCACAGUGCACAUGUGAAGGGUCUCUGCUUCCAGACUGUAAUGGGCGGAUUUUUACGUGGUACAUUGUACUGUGCACUGUGGUAUGGUAGUAUAGUAGCAGGCUUUUUAUUUAUCGCCUGUCCACUUUUGCCAUUGUUGCUAUUCAGUCCACCGAGAUUUCGAAAAUGCGGAGAACUUUUAUUCUCGUGCUGGGAACUUUAUUCUACCGCCCUGUUGGACGUGUUUGGUGUAAAGAUCUAUGUGUCUGGCGAUCAUAUAUCUCCUCAUGAAUCGGCCGUGCUCGUGAUGAAUCACAGGACAAGAGUGGACUGGAACUUCUUAUGGGCAGCGAUGUAUCAAGCGUGUAUGCCUAACGUAGCCUGUCAUAAAUUGAAAUUUGUUUUGAAAGAUCCCAUACGGCAUAUUCCUGGUCCAGGAUGGAUAAUGCAAAUGAAUGGUUUCCUUUAUAUAACGCGACGCUGGGAAGAGGAUCAAGGCCGGUUAUCGCGCACCCUUGAUUACCUGAUCACGUUGGACAGCCGCUCGCAGUUGCUGAUAUUUCCCGAGGGCACCGAUUUGACGAAGAGCAGCAAGGAAAGGUCAGACAAGUACGCCGUGCAGCAAAGUCUACAGCGAUACGACUACACUCUGCAUCCGAAAACGACGGGCUUCACUUAUCUCGUCCAACACCUGCAGCACGCGAGCUAUCUCGACGCCGUGUACGAUCUGACGAUAGGAUAUCCGGACUACAUACCGCAGUCCGAGCUCGAUCUGAUCAAGGGGAAAUUCCCGGGCGAGGUGCACUUCCAUAUAAAGCGAAUAUCGUCCGCGGACAUACCGAUGCACGAUUCGACCCUGAGGAGGUGGCUGGAAAACAGAUGGUCCGACAAGGAGGGCAUACUGAAGCAGUUCUACGAACGGAAGGCGUUCUCCGCCGAAAUCUGGCCGACGCCGAAGAUGCUACCGUUGCGAGCUGCGUUUGGGUUCUGGAGCAUAUUGACAGGACUGGCGGCGCUUCUACUCAUCGUUUCUCCGAUAUUCCAACUGUGGACUCUGAUUCACGCGGUGUUUUUCAUUGGACUGUCGAUUUUCAGUACCGGUUUCAGUCAGAUCGAGAUGGGAUGGUAUUGGCGCUGGAAAAGUUUUACCUUUCGGGCAAAACGUAGUUAAUCGGAAGGAUGUUUUGAUUCUCUUUAGUUCUCUUUCUCUCUAGAGAAUCUUGGUAGCUCUGUGAUAACACUGUAUAUAAAAUCGUAAAGCUAGAAGAGUGCAUAUAAUUCCAAGAAUUCUUGUGCAAUAUCACAUUUUAAUGUAGUUAUACGCAAUUGCACCCAUUUUAAUCCUUUUACAACAUGUCUCGACGUCGUAACGUUUUGAACACGUAGUACAGCGUAUAAAAAAGAUUCCCAUCAAUACAAAGUUCUAACUUUCCAUAAUGAUAAAAGUCUGUUUCUCUCCUUCGGUAUUCAAUUUAUACUACAAAUAAUCACAUAUUUAUGAUAUAUUCUCCUUAAGAUGUGUAAAGAUCACGUCUCUGAUCACAAAGUGAUUGGUAUUUUGUGUCAAAAUAAAAUCAUAUUUCAUGAAACGUCUAUAUUUAUAAAAAAGUAUAUAUUAAAUAUAAAUUUCUCAGAAACUUUCUUAUCAAAACAAUUUUCAAAGAACUAGUUUUUACUGCGACAAGUUUCUGAUCAAUGUUGGUACAAACAAAUAAAAUAUUCUUAUAAACAUACUGAUUUAAAAUAUUUUUGACUGCAAUUUUCGUAAACUUUAUAAUAACCAAGUAAUAUAUACAUAUAUAAUUAACUUUCCAUUUUUCAAUUGUACGCCAUUCCCUUUUGAUCAUUGAGAAUAGAAAUUUUAUAUAGUAGGUACAUACGUUUUUUUUUCGUUUGGUAUAAAAUUAUUAUGAUUCUUGAAGUAUAAAUGCAGAAUGUGGAAAUUGCAGAUAUUUUAUAAUAUGAAACCUGUAUAAAUGUCUCAUAAAAUUAGAGAAAUUUGUAUAGUGGAUAUAUAUUAGAGAAUAUUCGGUUUUCUCGAUGAAAACAAUGUAGAUUAACUACAUUUCGAGCAUAACUAAAAGUGAAUUCAUGUGCCAAAGUGAUAUAAGCAGUUAGGGUUUUAUAAAAGUUCGUUCUGUACAGUUGUAGGCCAUCAUGGUGUAUAUGUAGAAAUAUGUUGGAAAUAUAAGCUCGUAUUUUCUUCAAUCUAUAAUUAGUACCUGGAACGUACUUAAUCAAAUUGUUUUUAUAUACCUCUAAUAGAAAAUAGAAUUGUAACAAUCUGUGUUAUCUGUGUACGUCUUAUAAAUCGGCAAAUGCUUCAAAUUAGUCAUUAAUGAAUCCUGCAUUAAGACUUUUUCUUGUGCAAAUAGACGUUAAUUAAACUGUUGUGUAAUGAUGUAAAUGUGCGAAUAGUCUUAAAAAUUGUUACAUGUGUAUGUAUGUGUUAUCAGCACCGUAAAUGCGUGAAAUAUUCUAUGUAAAAGCACACUCCGCGUUGUGUACAAUCUUUAAGACUGUAAUGUAUUGCAUAUGGUGCAUUUAGGGAUAAGUCGUGACAAAAUGUGUUAGAAUAUAUGUGAAGUAUGUACUCUAAAUAGUCACACGUGUAUAUUUGUAUACUCUAUCAAAAUUCUUGCACAAUGAAAAUUACGAUGAAAACAGAAACAGGAUUACAAGAAAAAAUGCAUUAGCAACAAUUAAUUUCAUUACGCAAUUGUUCCUAGAAUGUAUAUACUUGUGCUAUUUUGUGUCACUCAACCCAAUAUAGUAAUAGAUCUAAAAUAAAUGUGUACAAUUUCGAG